GAGGAUACAGAAGGGCAAAACCACAGAGAUAAUGACAGCGACGGAGCGCAAUGCUUAGACAUACAUCGGCGCUCAUUUUUGACACGGUUGCAGCAUAGCGAACGAAGUCCGGACAUCGGACAAAAUCGUACGGCUUUACGCGUCAUUUGUGUUGCAUCCUCGGCGAGAAUCUAGCGGAUAACGGGAGCGAAGGACCGGACCGAGCCAUUGCUUUUUUUGAACACCGAAAUAUGCUGAUUACACACAAAAGUCGUUGUUUCAUAAAACCGACUGUUGUGUGAUUGUAAACUCGGGAUUUCUGCAGGUGUAUAGAAUAACCCAUCCCAUGAUCGGCUUUUGAUUGUGUUUUGGAGAGGCUGUUUCGCUUCUCUCCAUUCAGUCGGAUAAGCUAUACGCUCCGAGCUUUGGUCACCAAGGCAAAAGCAAGACUGGCAUGGAUAAAUUUAGAUGCAUUUAUGGAACACAGAAUUUGCUUGCAUGACCCAAGAUGGUGCCACUGCCAUGAAAUGUCUCUGAGAGUACAUUGAAAUCAGAUUUUGAGAUAUAAACAGCAUCAGGAACUGUUUUUAGAUCGCAUUACAGAAACCACACUCUAGACUGUUAGAAAAAAACACAUCAGCUAGAAUUUAAAGAAGAAGUGGAGUAAGGACGGUGCAGACAUGGAUGGUAAUAUGGGUGAGAUGUCUGUGCACAGCCACGUAGAGCUGGCACACAGUCAGGACAGCAGAGCCAUGCUGCACUCUCGGGAUCUCACGGCUGCUUUCCCUCGUCCCUCUUUGGGAGGCCCCACUAUGGGCCUGGAGUCUGACCACCAGAGCCCCGCGUAUGACCACAGCAUGGCAACUCUAGGGUACAGUAGGGACCCACCAACCAGCUGUGGAAGCACCUACACCACACUGACACCCCUCCAGCCUUUUGAUGACAAAUUCCACCAUCAUCAUCAUCAUCAUCCCUGCCUGCCCGUGAGCAACGUCAUCGGCAGCUUCACGCUCAUGCGAGAAGAUCGCGGCCUGGGAGGAAACUACUAUACACCGUACGGAAAAGACUUUGGUUUGGGACAGGGUCUGUCUCCACCGUUGGGCAGUGCAGGCCUGGAGACCGCCAUGCAUGGCUAUGGUAGCCUGGGAAGUCAGAAUGGACACAGUAGCCAGAUGCUUCCAGGUGGCCAUGAGGUCCAUAUGGGCAGCAAUGGGGGUAACAUCUGUCGAACAGUACCAGACUUUGGGAGGGAGAUGUCACCGCCAUCUCUGGGGGGCGAGCAUGGGGUCAGCCACCAGUUAAACAAAAUGGAUCCCCAUCAGCACACUCCCACCUACCACCCCCAUAUAUACAACCAGAGUUAUCAGCACCACCUCCCAAGCCAACAGGCCUCCAAGCUCGGGGAUCUGCCCUCUUCUUCCCCUUCCUCCUCCAACACCAGCUUAGGAAGGGAGGGCAUGCUAGCCAGCUCACAGAACUGCGGUGGAGGGGAGGAGAUCAACACCAAAGAUGUGGCUCAGAGAAUCAUCACUGAACUGAAGAGGUACAGCAUCCCACAGGCCAUUUUCGCAGAGCGGGUUCUGUGCAGGUCUCAGGGCACUCUGUCAGACCUGCUCAGGAACCCCAAACCUUGGGGGAAACUCAAGUCUGGCCGCGAAACCUUCAAGAGGAUGUCCCACUGGCUACAGGAGCCAGAAUUUCAGAGGAUGGCCUCGUUACGUCUGGAAGCUUGUAAGCGUAAGGAGCAGGAGCAAUCCAAGCUAGAGCGCAACCAGGGGCCCAAGCGCACCCGGCUUUUUUUUUUUGGCAUGUAG